AAUCCGUCAAUCACUUCCGGGUCGCCGUCGCUUUUUGAAGACAGUCGUUUCUUCUUGUGUUUACUAAAUACAUACUUUUACUUCAUAACCGCCGUGGAAACUUACAAAUGUCUCCUGGAAUGUCUUCCAAGUGGACACAAUUCGUCCUGUGAGGGAGGACGAGCAGCAUGUGGAGAGCUAAAGGACUCUUGUGGCGAGUGCUGCAUCGGUACCACACCAGCCCGCCACUACGUCUGCCUCAGAACCACCAAUUCGAAGAUGAGGUCAUCAACACCUCCACCGUGCUCUCCACAUCUCUUAACUCCUCAGACAGCAGCUCCCAGAAAGAAGAUGAUGGCGAGAGGAGGAAGAAGAAAGAAAGAGCCUUCAAGUUCAGUUCACCUGAGCUGCCACAUUACACAGCUCUUGAUGCCAUGGGUUGGGGUGCGGCGGCGGUGCUUUUCAUGCAGAUCUGCCGGAAAGUCCACUCUCAAUUCUCUUCGGGCACGGACCCCAGUCCAACCUUGUCGGCACCGUCCACUUCCCACCACUGCGGCUACCGCCUCCUGCUGGAGAUCCUGUCCAGGAAGGAUGUGGUUCCAAGAAGAAGUCAUGUCUUGUGCCUGCACAGUCAGUCCUCGGAUGAGAGCAGCAGUAGUGGUCCAAUAGCCAGCAGUGAGCAGAACCACCUGUACACUAACACUUCCACACUAGGCCACCAGGGGCCGCCAGGCGAGGGUUCACCUUUCCAAGAGGGGUACUUGGACCUGGCAGCUUCGCACCUGUUGGAAAAUGUCUGCAAGAAGGAUGAGGCGGAGGUUGAACGUCCUCAUGCCAAGGAUGUGUUUUCAAGCGAGGAGAGGCUGGCAGAAGCGGCACAGAACCUCAAAAAAGUGGCAGACACCAACAUCCCAGUCAUCCUAAACAUUAUUGGUCUGGAGAGAGCAAAGAGCGAGAGUUACGAAGAAGCAUUUGUCUGUUUUGUGGCAGCAGCUCAGCAAGGCUACAGCAAGGCUGAGUUUAAUACUGGUGUGUGUUACGAGAUGGGCAGAGGAGUCAGCAAGGACAAGGAGAAGGCGUACCAUUACUACUGGCGGGCAGCAGUCGGGGGUCACAAACAGGCUCAGUAUCGUUGUGCAAAGCUGCUUCUGACUCGGGAGCACCAAAGUAUAGAACAGCUGAACGUCGCCAUCAACCUCCUGGAGCAAGCUGCCGCAGCUGACCUGACUAAGGCUCAAUUGUGCCUGGCUUCUGUGUACGCCCGGGAGCCGGUGAGAGAUGGAAGCAAGUCUGUCCACUACCUGCAGAUGGCAGCAAAGAGCAGAGAUGGCACUGCUCUGCUUCUGUUGGGCCAGUGCUAUGAGAGUGGCUUUGGGGUGCAGCAGAACCUGAGAACAGCCAUGCACUUGUACAGACAAGCUGCUCAAGCAGGCAACAAGCAAGCUGCUCUCUUAGUGACAUCUCCCACUGAGACGGACGUGUUGCGCUCCAUCCGAUCUUCACCGUGUUUCGCCGAGUCCGACCUCCGCCCCAAGCGGCCGCUCUCCUCUCUGGCCAGCCGUGUGCUCGCGGACGCCGGUCCAACCGUCACCCUUCCUUUCCUGCCUCACUCCUGGAGCACUGGCAACAUGGAUUGCCCUCCAUCGCUGUCCUCCACUCCUCUUCACCUUCAUCCCCAAAGCCGAGAGGGAAAACCGUGCCAGUGGAUCGUAGGGAUUGGAUAACUGCCAUCUCGGAUGGUUGGUUUUGUUCAGAUCAGGUUUGCUGGCCUACUUAUAAGGAUUAAGCUAUACUGUCUCGUUUUUACUUAGAGACUAUCCUGUGUUGUUGUUGUUUUUUUAAAAAGGGUUAUUUUUCUGCUCUAAUGCUGUUUUUACAUCCGUUUGGUACUUUUAUUAGAGCUUAAAAUUCACUCUUUUUUGCACUUGCGCUCUAGCUCACAGAUCUAUAUAUACAAAAAAUGCAUGCGCAAAGGCAAAAACUUUUCCUUUCUUUAAUAUAACCCAUGCAGUGGGCGGGUGUAGACAUACAAAAAGUGUCUCAUGAUAAUUCACACCGAACAGAGUAAGUUGCGUUCAUAUGUCAGGUUCAAACAACAAACUAUCUAUUAAACGAGACAAGAAGCAAGGAAUCAAGCAUAGACAGAGUUGAAUUUUGCUCGUGAGGAGAGACGUAUCGGGCUGUACACUCAGUUAGUUUCACCCUACGCUCUAAGGCAGUGGUUCUCAAACUUUUUUCAGUGGUGUACCCCCGUGAACAUUUUUUUUAAUUCAUGUACCCCCUAAUCAGAGCAAAGCAUUUUUGGUUGAAAAAAAGAGAUAAAGAAGUAAAAUACAGCAGUAUGUCAUCACUUUCUGAUUUAUUAAAUUAUAUAACUGUGCAAAAUAUUGCUUAUUUGUAGUGGUCUUUCUUGAACUAUUUGGAAAAAAAGGUAUAAAAAUAAGUAAAAAACUUGUUGAAAAAUAAACAAGUGAUUCAAUUAUAAAUAAAGAUUUCUACACAUAGAAGUAAUCAUCAACUUAAAGUGCCCUCUUUGGGGAUUGUAAUAGAGAUCCAUCUGGAUUCAUCAACUUCAUUCUAAACAUUUCUUCACAAAAAAAGGAAAAAUUUAACAUCAAUAUUUAUGGAACAUGUCCAUAACAAAUCUAGCUAUCAACACUGAAUAUUGCAUUGUUGCAUUUCUUUUCAACGUUUAUGAACUUACAUUCAUAUUUUGUUGAAGUAUUAUUCAAUAAAUAUAUUUAUAAAGGAUUUUUGAAUUGUUGCUAUUUUUAGAAUAUUGUUUUAAAAAUCUCAAGUACCCCUUGGCAUACUUUCAAGUACCCCCGGGGGUACGCGUACCCCCAUUUGAGAACCACUGCUCUAAUGUACAGUCCCACGUGCUCCUCUAUUUAUUCGGGAGUUCCCUCCUUAACCUCACUGAGACUGCUUCUGAAGAGAGGGGUGAUGCAAGCAGCCCCAGUAGACACAAAACAAGAUUAUUCAGAAUGGAAAAUAUGCUGACACUCAUGAUUUCGCCCUGUUUCUUUUAUCUGCAUUGAGGUACUCUAUGUCCGUCCUCGGCUGUCAGCAGGCUGGGUCUGAAAACAAACCGCUGAUACGAGACAACUCGCAAUGGAAGAUUACACGUUGUGUGCUUUUGCACGGAUAGAAAAGUACAACUUCAGCACAAUUGAUAAUAACUACAGCAACGGCCUUUAAGCAUAAGAGUUGUGUGAUAACAUACAUAAUUAUACCGACAUCAUAUUUGUGUAUGUAAAUGAUAAUAAUGUUUACAUACUUAUUUUAUCCCUGUCUUUGUUCGACAAAGUGUGACGUUUAGGUGCCUUUGGGCUUGUGGGGACAUGUCCCUCUCUACAUGUGUGGCAUUAAUCCUGUUUAACAGAGACUACUUUAAACCACUGAUGUGGAUUACAGCCGGGUACAUGCAAUGGGAUACCUCGUCCAACCAUGUAUUUGUACAUGUGUCAAUGUUACAUAUAUGAUGCCCUGCAGUUUUUUUGCUACCGUGUGCAUAUGCACAAUAAAAAUAUACAAAAAUA